AUGGCCCGUGUCAUGGGGAGGGCCGCCUCAGCCACAGCUAGGCGGACUCCUAGCCGGGCUGUCCAGAGGAGAGCUCGGAGACACAAGGUCAUCAUGGAAUCCGUGACCCAAGAGAAGAAGAAAUUAAGAAGCGUCAUCUGCUUCGAAGCACAGGCACCCAGUGGCUACACAUUUAUUCCUGCGGGAAACCCGCAACUCACGACGGCCUGUAAAGAGAGAUGUCGCAACGAGGGCCUCCAGAUCCAUGCAGUAUCGACCACACCACACCACCAGACCCACAACUUAUCUCAGCAUGUUCAUCGGAUAGGGUAUCACUUCCCUAGCACUGUGGUGGCAGCUGUCUGUUCGGAGCUUGGCCUCUACCUCACGAGCACUGGUAAAACACUGCCUAUUUAUGCCAUGGGAAGGACGGAAAAUCGUUCGCGAGCUGCGUCAGAGGUCUCUCAAGUGACGAUCAACACAGAUGCGCGAAAUGCCAUGAGGGAUUUGUUUCCCAACAUCCCCGAUCAAGAUCUGAACCAAAUUAUCAAGACCGCCUUUCAAAAGGGCCAGAAGAAAGUUGGGACAGCCACUGAAUUGCCUUUGGCUCGGAGGGCGCAACUCGCGGUGGUUGCUCAUAUUCGGCAUGUCUACACUAACUACGAUCGCCUCCUAAAAACGACCUCAUUCCACGAAGCAAGAACAACCGUUGAGCACCCAACUCUAGCCAAAGUCAUUGAGUGGCGAGGAGAUGAUGAGAACGGCCAGACCGUCCUGGAGGAUGUCUUCCGCGAGGUCAUUGUGAUUUCUGAUGACGAGGACAGUGAGUCCGAGGAAGAAGUGGCCUCUACGGCCGCUCAUCGGCAUACCAGCGUGGAAAUACUUCCCAGCGAUGCACGAACCCAUGAGAUUCGCACCCAGCCCAUUAAUACGAGACCUGAGCAGGGUUAUCCCCGAGACAUAUCCGAGGAGGCACCACCAGGAUUCCGGUUCGUCACAAGGAUCCCGGCAAAUAACUCUACCGACCGGCGCGGGUUUAGCAGGUACCAAGCCUGGAACCGUGCCAUCAAAGAGUAUAGAGAGGGCAUCCAGAGCACCGAACAACCGCGGUUCGCCGGCUCCUUGGCCGAAAAGCAAAGCCCACGAUACGCCGAGAAGCGCCUUGCUCCGGAAGCGAGCGCCAAAACAUCAGAUCGCGGGCUUGGCGAGAACUAUCGGCGAGCCAUGCCUGCCGGCAUGGAUAAUCACACACAGCACAUCCCUGCCACAAUGGAUCGAUACGUAGCUCAGAGACAUGUAGGUGUCCAGGAUACUCACUCGGACGCUCAGCAAACCUCCUCGCAUAAAUUCAACUCCAGGAAGUCCGGACUAACUAGCCAGAAAUCACCGGAGUUGCAUAUAUUGGAAGAGCUUCCCGGGUCCCGGAAUAUGAGUGCGACCCAUCCAACUCUUCCUCCGUUGAGAAUGGACACUCGAACAGAAAGACUGCCCCUUCAGUCGGAGAACAGGUCAAAUGCCCCGGUGUUCGUCAGCGGACCCAAGGAGAAGCCUCAAAAUGGUGUGGCCUCGCUGGGACGCCGUCCUGGAAUCGUCAAUGCUCCUUUAGUUGGACAAAGCUCAAACCUACAGGAGUCAGUCAUGCCAUCAAUCGAGAAUACUUGGCCCCAGGAGACCCGACGGACUGAUACCGCUCAUCCUUUGGUACACAUGGCCAACAAGAUGUCGCUUCGAUCAGUCACGCCGGGUCAACCUCGGGGGGAGUUGAAGCCUCACCCCGAAAUUAUUGAACUGGACGGGAGUGGUGACCAGCCCGGCAAAAGAAGACGAAAGGGUCGUGAAGGUUCUCGGAUUGAUCCUCGUCCGGACCCACGAACCGCCAGACCCAUGGGCUUCCCUGUCUCCGAAGGAUUCGGCCCUAGAGAAACUUACCGUCGCGCCGAUGUUGCUCUAGAAUAUCGCCCUCAGGAUCAGCUCCAUUCACACCGGGACAUUGUGCCAGUGGAACCACCCCUUUCCGUAGGACAUCCACGUCCAGCUUCUUAUGCCAGUGGCCUCGAUGCAAGGUUUAUCAUGGAUCGCCAGCAUGUGGGCUGGCCGCGGGAGCCUCGUCCUCUGAACGGGGUCUCGGGUCCUAGUAUGAUUAUCCCAGAGGACCGUACCUUCAGAGCAGCCCCGGCUCUUCCCAUUUCUGGACAUCCCAUCUCUGGCCAUUGGCACCCUUACCAUGAUCGUAAUCUCCGUUUGGACCGCCCUAAAGAGCAGCGGGGCAUGCGACGAGCCCGUAUGGACAGUCGCAUUGUGGCAGAGAACCCCCAAGACAGAAACCUGUACGCCGAUGGAUUCAUCCGACCGGUUGAUCACCGUGAGCCCCCUUCGUUUGAAUACGCCUCCCGGCGCCUCGUUCCCGAACCCAAGCUUCAGCCCAUUCCCGUUGGAGAUGCCUUACAUUCCAGGAACAGGGAAAGGGAGCUGAACUACCUUGCCACCAAGAACAUGUCUCAGCUCCAGGACGAACCGCUCAGCCGGCCCAUGGGCCGCGUCGCUCGUCCUGAGCAUCACCGUACCUUCUCAGACACCAUGCCGAAGAGUCAACCCCAUGCGUCCCCUCCCCAAGUUCCUCGCGAAAGGCCAGUUAGCGGCGGGUUCAUCUCGCGUCCACUCUACAACCCUCCCCAGGAGCAGAAUCGCCCGGUCUACGUCCAAGCAGUUGAGCCUCGAGCAGAGCGUCAACCUCUCUAUCCCAUUCCCGACGGAAGGCAUUUUGUCGUCGUUGAUUAA